AUGCAAAUUAGGCUUCACUAUGUCCAGCGGCACAGUCUUGGGUUAGAAGCUUUAUCAGGUUGCUGGCAAAGAGUUUCCGUCAAGGGAUCAGGGCCUUCCAACAGAAUGGCGUGGAAUGAAACUUGCCAAAAUUGGCUGGCAGCAGAGAUUUCCCUGGAAAAGUACUACCUUUCCAUUUUUUAUGGGAUCGAGUUUGUUGUGGGAGUCCUUGCAAAUACAACUGUUGUGUUUGGCUACCUCUUCUGUCUGAAGAACUGGAAUAGCAGUAACAUUUAUCUCUUUAACCUCUCUAUCUCAGACUUGGCUUUUUUGUGCACCCUCCCCAUGCUGAUAAGAAGUUAUUCUCAAGGAAAGUGGACAUAUGGGGAUGUGCUCUGCAUAACCAACCGAUAUGUGCUUCAUGCCAACCUCUACACGAGCAUCCUUUUUCUGACUUUUAUCAGCAUUGAUCGAUACCUGCUCAUGAAGCAUCCUUUCCGAGAACACUUUCUGCAAAAGAAAGAGUUCGCUGUUUUAAUCUCUUUGGGUAUUUGGGUUUUAGUAACCCUAGAGCUCCUGCCCAUACUUUCUCUUAUACAUCCAAAUAUAGCUGUCAAUGGCACCAACUGUAUUGAUUAUGCAAGCUCUGGGGACCCCAAAUACAACCUCAUUUAUAGCAUGUGUCUAACCUUCUUGGGAUUCCUCAUUCCUCUUUUGGUGAUGUGCUUCUUUUAUUUCAAGAUUGCUCUGUUCUUAAAGCAGAGGAGCAUACAGCUUGCUACUGCUUUGCCCUUUGAAAAGCCCCUCACCUUAGUCAUCAUGGCAGUUGUGAUCUUCUCCGUGCUUUUUACUCCCUACCACAUCAUGCGGAAUGUGAGGAUUGCUUCACGCCUGGGAAAGUGGAAGCAGUCCCUCUGUGCUCAGGCCACCAUCAACUCCUUAUACAUUGUGACUCGGCCUUUGGCCUUUCUGAACAGCACCGUCAACCCUGUCUUCUACUUCCUUAUGGGAGAUCACUUCAGGGAGAUGUUAAUGAGCAAGCUGAGGCACCAAUUCAAAUCCCUGACAUCCUUUAGAAGAUGAAGUCAUGGACUGAUGUUUCCAUUCAGGGAAAAGUGAGAUGCUUGUGUAACACACUGUUUUGCAUGUGCAGAUGUAGGCCAAUUAGAAUUUGAUUUAACUCAUAGACGUAAAUCAGAGAAGCAAAGACUUGACACUCUUUUAAAGACAUGCUGUGCCCGGAGUCUGUGAAAAGAAGAGGAUGGGAAGUAUUUACUGAUUUCUUCACCUAAGAAUUGAAAGGAACUGGACUGGCAUUGUCUAGUGCUUGAGCAUAUAAAUCCAAAACCCUAGGUGUUAUAAGACUUUCUCAACCAGUGUAAAAGAAAUAGAAGAUAGAUAAAGCAGCAAGUAGUCUGCAUUUAAUCAUCACCAGAUUGCGAAAAAAAAUAUGUUGGCAACAUUCUCUAUGUUAUUCUUUUUCAUUUAAUCUUAUAACUUAAUGUGAAAACUGAAUAACAGAUUAAGCAUACACUAUUAGAGAUUAUUGUUAGAAAUUGUGGUCUUGAACAAAAUUUAAAGUCAACCAUAGCAACAAGCAAGAAAGCAAUGUAAUGAGUUCAAGGAUGUCUAUAUGUAUUUCUUUGUAUUGAUUAUGAGUUGGAGUCAAGUUGUAAUUAUAAGUCCUAUUUUGUUUCAUGGUUUUUAGUGCAAAGAAUCAAAUUAAAUGGAGCCUAAAGAGAUGGUUCGACAAAAAGAGAGACAUGUUUGAGCUUGUCUCUUAGGGAAUUUAGGUAUAAAUGAUUUUACCAAAGUACACAAAGAGAGAGAAGAAGAAGAUUUGCAAAAAUCUCAGAGCUAUGGAACACAAAGUGUCUAUCAGAAAACCCAAAGCACGACAAAACAAAACAAAACAAAACAAAACAAAACAAAGGUAAAUACUUUUGGACGACUGUAUCUUAAAGACAGUGACUUACAUCUGGAAUGAGCCUUGUUUUCAUGUUCAUAGAACAUCACAUAAGACCACUGAAGGAAGUGUUCUAAACAAAGUGCACUUUAUGAAAUUGUAAAAUGUAAGAAAUAUUUAUGCGCAUAUUCAUAUAGAUUAUCCAGGCAUCCCUCUGUGCCACAAAACAAAUAUAGGAAAAACUAAAUGGAUGCUACAUUAGCUUUUUAAAAUCAAAUAAGUAUCACAUAACAGUUCACUUACAUGUAACAAAAUGUGUCCAUGGCCACAUGUCUAUGCUCAUUUCCUUAAAGUCAUUAGCUGUACUUAUGCUAGGUAAAAUAAGUCAGUCAGACAAAGACAGAUAUCAUAUGUUUUCACUCGUGUGGAAUUUGAGAACCUUAACAGUAGACCCUGGGGGAAGAGAAGGGGAAAAAAUAGUUUCAAAUAGAGAGAGAGGUAAACCAUGAGAGACUCUUAAAUACAGAGAACAAACAGAGGGUUGAUGGGAAGGGGGGCAGAAAUGGGUGAUGGGCAUUGAGAAGGGCACUUGUUGGGAUGAGCACUGGGUGUUGUUGUAUGUAAACGAUGAAUCAUAGGAAUCUACUCCUGAAGCCAAGAGCACACUGUAUACACUGUAUGUUAGCUAACUUGACAAUAAGUUAUGUUAAAAAAAUGAUUAGUUGUAACAUGAAGGAUAAAAUAGGUAUUAUGAGUACAAAGACAAAAUUCUAUUGCCCUUUCUGUCCUAUACUCUGGUGAUAUAUUCUGACAGUACAAAAACCCAAAAUAUUCCCAGUUAGUGCUUACAUAAUUCAAACAAAUGAGAUAUUAUAAAAAUGCAUUACUCACAAAGGAUUUAUUUUCUUACUUAUUAUUAGGCUUUAAGAUAUUUUUUUCAUGACUUGCCUUUGUGGUCAAUAUUUUUGAAAUUUUAGUGUGAUUUUAUACCUGCCUGAUAAUAAACUGAAAACAUAAUCUCCUGAAUAUCCUCAUCAGAAAAGGCCACAAAAGAGCCUUAGGAAAGAAGUGUUUACUUAUUUCUGCAAACUUAGAAACAUCUAACGUAAUUGUAAUUUGCUUUUUACGCAUGGGUUUUAAUUUGCAAAAUUGGAAAUAAAUUUUCCCUACCCUUACCCAAAAGAUAGGGACUCUUUUAAUUAGGGCAGUGAAAUAUUUUAUAGAACCACAAACUCUUAGAUAUAUCUUGUAACCAAAAUGUUAAGUAAUUUCAUAGCAUAAUUCUUAAUCCUUUUCUUGCCCAAGUCUGUCACCUGGUAGCUUUACCCUCAGCAGACAAGAGACCUGCAUUAAAACUAUAAGAGCUAUUCCAUUUACUUUUUGUACUAGGUGAUUGUAAGAAUUAUAAACAAAAAAUAAUGGAAAUUCUUUCUGGGUUUGUAGUUUUCAAAGGAAAUGAUGUUGGGCUUUGGUAUCUUGUCUUUUGAUUGGUUCCUUAUUGUUGUUAGAAUCCUGUCUAAGCUAUUUGGUCCAGCAUUUCACUAUCUGGGCCCACCAAUAUUAUCAUAUGUUAUCUCCCACUGCCAGUUUCACAAACUAUACUCUCCAGCCAAAGAUGGUUACCUCACUUCUAUAUGCAGAACUUUCUCACUAUGCACAGCUGGAUGCUCACCCCUGUCCCAUCAUGCCCAAAUACAAAAAAUUUUAUGCAUUUUUUAAGGCCCAUGUCAUCUGUCACUCCUUCUGAAAACCUUCCUUUAGGUCAUCUCCUCCGCAGAUCUGGAAAUAAAUGAAUUAUUUUUGCACUUAUAACAUAGUUGUUUAGAUUCAAGUGAACUCUAAGGUCUGUGAUUAGAAGAACCACAUCUAAUUUUUUAUUGCCCUUCUAGAACUUAGCAAGGUAUAUUUUAUAUGGUUGUUUAUUAUGGAUUAACGUCCUUAAAAUUGAAUUCAAUGCUCCUUUUUAGUGUACAUGAUUGGACUACUUUCUGUCAUCACUGCUUUUAUAAGUACUGCUGUCUUAUAUAAAGAAUAGAGUGUAUAUAUACAAACACAUGCGCCAGAUGCCAUUGCCACAUCCCUUAUAUUUUCCUCCAUACCUUUGAACAUAGUUUUAAUUGAUGCUUAAAAUCUGUGUCUGCUAGUUCACAAGGUGGGUCAUAUCAACAUUUAUGCUCAUUGAUUGCAUUUUGUCUUAAGUAUGGGCCACAAAUUCCUGCUUUUUCAUAUCUAAUAAAUUUGGAUUAUGUUCUGGACAUUUU